AUGCUGCUGGAGGAAGAGUUUUGGAACAAAACGGAAGAAUCUAUUAAAGUUAUAGAACCUAUAACAGAAUGUAUAUUUGAAUUAGGGGGAAAUGAUCACUGCAUAAGCAAAGUAUUUAUAAUAUUUAAAAAUAUUAAAUCGAAAUUAGAAUUUGUGCUUCCAUCUAUAACAAUGUUGAGUGAGGAGGAGAAGUUUGAAAUUUUAGUAUCAGUGGAUUUAAGGGCAAGUAUGUGUGUAAAACCUAUACACAUGGCAGCAUACAUGCUUGACCCUAGAGAGCAAGGUUUAGAGCUCAACCAAGAGCAAGAACUUCUAGCCAUGGAGUUCAUAUACAAUGAAGGGCAAAGGCUAAAUUUAGAUGUAACACCCGAUCUCGCUAAUUAUAAAGCAAAAGAAUGUUUCUGGGGCAAACAAUUUGUUUGGCGAUCUCUGGGAGAUAUUGAACCAGUUGUGUGGUGGAAAGGUAUAUGUAGCUCGACACAGCUGAGCAAAGUGGCUUUGAGGAUUCUUACGGCACCAUGUACGUCUGCAGCAACGGAACGCACAUUUAGCGCUCAAGCAAACGUCCACAGCAUAAAACGGAAUCGUCUUAUUGCGGAAAGAGCCGCCAAAAUAACUUUUGUAUCAUACAACUGGAACAUUUUACACAGAAAGACGGUAAAUGAAAGUUUAAAUGAUGAUCAGAUUAGUGAAGAAACUCCAACACCACAUGAAAGUUCACCGCAAACCGAUACAAAUGCUAUUGAGGACGAAGUAUUCGCCCCAUCUCAAUCGGAAGCAACGACAUCAAAUGAGUUGGUAUUCGUUGAUUGUGGACAAUCUGAUAGUGAUAAUUCUGGGACUGACAUUGACUCUGAAUGA